CCUCUGUUUCCUCAGGAUAACACAUCAGCAUCUGGUAGCAAACGAAAUGCCGGUGGCCGACAUUCCAUCAGACCUGUCUGGCAUCUCCGAAGAAGAAACACACACACACACACACGCGUGCAUGCACACACAUACACACACCCACACUGCUUCUGUGGACCCUCACACACGGGAAUGGCACAGCAGUGAAGAGCCUGUCCACUGGAGCUGAAGGACAAACCCACAGCCAUAUUGUAUCCCAGUAUUGAACCCUCCCCGGAGCCAACAUGCCCAUCCUGAAGAAGAUCCCUGGGAGGUCCAGGAGUAACCUCAGCAACAGUGAGGUGAUGCUUAAGAAUAACCACGACAACAGUGAAAUGAUGCUACAGAGUAACCAUGGCAAUGGUGAGCUCAUCCUUCCGCCAUCCAGCCUCAACCCCUUUGACGACGUGGACCUGGAUAUGGGUUGGAAUGAGGAAAAAGGUGGGGUAUGGGAGAGAGGACGGGGCAUGACAAGGUCAUCGCGUGAGGGCGAGGCAAUGGAAAACGAGGUGAACGCUGAGCUGCAUGGAGGCCUGAAGGUCACAGACAGGUCGAAGGGCAGCUCUCCUCUGAGAGGGACACUGGAGAGGAUAUGCGGCUCGUCACCGCUCAAGACGUUGGGAAAACUGAGCAAGGGGCUGCGCAUGACCGGACGAAACGUGUGGAGCAACACCCUGCCAGCCACACCCACUACCGGGAAGGAGAAGAAGAAGAAAAAGAAUCAUAGGAGGCCAUCUGAGGAGAUCAUGACCCUGCUGAGGUUAGCAGGCAGGAGGAAGAAGAGCGAGCGGAGAGAGAGUCUCCCUGAGGGGGAGCUGAACGGUGAGGAUGACGAGGAUGCUGACCGUCGACCCUCGUUCCUGCGCAGCCUGAGCAAACUCCGUGGAGACUCCCUCACCAGCCGUGACUCCCAGGAGGCCGAGCAGGAGAACCCAGAGGAAGAGACGCCCAUCAAGCGCAGGGAGCCGCUCUCAGUCCUUGAGAUCCUGCAGUUGGUGAAUCAGCGAGACCUCCUGCUGGCCGACACCCACAUCCAAGAGCUGGAGAGAGAGUGCGAACUUGACCCCACCCUUCUGCAAACCCCGCCCACUACCCCCACGACCACACCUACAACCCCUCCCCCUCCGUCCUCCACUUUGUGGCUCUCCCUGGCAGGCCAGUGUGAUGAUGAGGCUCCAAGUGCUUGGGACGCAAGCUUGAGGAAAAUCAAAGAUGUGGAGCUGCUCUAUGAGGCACUGCAGCGAGAGAUGUGGGAUGUGGUGCGCGAGUCGCUUCGCCAGCCAUGUGCCGGCCCCCAGCUUGGGCUAGUCGUGCUUGUGAUCCAGCAGGAGGAGCACGCCGACCGCGUCUGGGCCCUGCGCAAGGAAGCUCACUCCGAGCUCCAUGACGGGGCCCAGACUGACCUGCAUGAGAAGGCCCCGUCAGACCUGCGUGAGAGGGCCCACUCUGACCAGCGUCAGGAGGCACAGUCCAACCUGUUUGAGGGGGUCCGUUCCAGCAAGCGUCCCCGGAGGCUGAGGCAAAAGUGGGCGGAGGCAGUUGGAGAGGCUGCUGAUUGGUCACUGCCACAGCCUGGGGGUAUCACAGCUGGUCAGAUGGCCAUGUUCCUGGACCGACUAAGAGGAAGAGUGGUGGAAGACAUGGAUGCAGCAAGGAGGAACGUGGUGGGAGUUUACCCAAAGGAGUUCUCUGUGUUUCAGGUGUACAUGCAGAGCUACCACAGAGGCGUGGCCAAACGUCUCCGAACCAUCACUGCAGGACAAGUGCAGAUCACUGAUAUUUACUCACUGCUCGACUGGGUCUACAAUAUCUACAACAGGGAUGUGCUGGGCACGGUGGGUGCUAUGGGGUCUAUAGACUGUGGAGCUCUCGAGCCAUUGCUUCCUGCCGAGGUCAUGGACAGACUGGAACAGGAGUGUCUCGACACUGUCUGGGAUAAGGUAACUAUGGAGCUCUCUCAGGUUCUGGAGGAUGAGGAGAAGCGAUGGUCUCAGACUUUACACAUUGAGGAGUACCAGUCCGGCCUUGCACGGUCAAUUAUACAGAGGCUGAAGGUGGACCUGGACAGAUCGACUGGUGUCAGUCAGCCUUUGGGAGCUCGAGUGGCCAGGUGCACUCUCAAAGGGUUAGCUGACUUUCUUCACAGUUUCCAGAGAAAAGUGGAGAUGUUCCACGAGACUCAGGCAGAAUUUGGGGAUCGAGCUGAUGGUUACGUGUCCCGCACCAUCGCUCUAGCCAACUGCGUCCCUCCCUUCAGGAGCUUUGUGGAACGCUGUAGGCAAUGUGACCCCCUCGGCAGUGAAGACUCCUCCCACAGAGCGCGCUCGUCACUCGAACGCAUCAUCAACCAGUCUGUACGAGUUCUCACCGACAGACUGUUUGAAAGCAUUAGGCCCUUCUUUGAUAAACUGCUCAGAAAGAAAUGGCUGAACAACACAGAAGCAUAUGAGAGCAUUGAGGCCUCCAUCAAACAGCACUUUAAAAAGUUUCGCAGGAUGGACUGUCCUCCCUAUCAGACACUGGUGAACGAGGUGCACAGGCGGGUCAUGGUGGAAUACGUUCGCGCAAUCAUGAGGGGGCGGGUCAUCUGCACAUCACUCAAAAUGAGGAAGAGACUCGCAUUCCGGCUGCAGGACGAGGCCAGACAGCUCAAAGCACUUUUUAAAGACCUGGAGUCUACCUGUUCCUGGCUGGACAAUGUGAUUGGUCACCUGGCUGACAUCAUCCUCCUGGAGGACACGCCCUCUAUUCAGAUAGAGGUGGGAGUCCUGGUGAAGGAGUUCCCAGAUAUUCGGAGGAAGCAUGUCUCUGCUGUACUAAACGUUAGAGGGAUGGUCCAGCAGGCAGAACGACAGGAGAUUCUCGCCGUCGUCCGAGACUUUGAGACCAGCGACAGCCCCGCGCAUGUUUCCAGAGACCAUGCAUUGUUCUCUGAGAUCACUGUGGCAACGGACAUGCCCUGUCUGGGACUGGUUCUGAUCCGUUUUGGACUGAGGGUGUCAUCAUGGGUGUCGAGCGCCCGACCUCGCAGAAGACGUCCCACAAGGAACGCAAGCCGGAGAGCAGACAAUGCGAAUGAACACGUUACACAAGAGAACCAAUAACAUCUCACUAACCACUUAAACAAGACAAUGAGUCACUAGUCAACAAGUCAACUUUCAACUAUCAGCCUAGACGUAAAAAAAUAAAAAAAAUAAAAAAACAACAACAUAUAGACUCACAAACUUGCUCUUUAGAAUGUAGAAAUUGCUCAGCCUUUUCCCCAGAAUGUUUAAGAUGGACAUGCGUCCUUCAUGCUUUACAUUAUCCCAUAAUUCUGUUCACUGAUCUUCCUGUCAAAAGGUUUCAACCUACACUGAAUUAUUCGUGUCGUAGCUAGCUAAAAAUCCGAUUUGCCUUUGUAGAUUACCAAAAGUAACUUACUAGCAGGGUUAUUCUUUUGAAUAACCCUGCUAGUAAGCAUAGGUUAGCAGAAAAAUGGCUUAGGUUCCAUCCUCAGGUACACCAAUAAACUAGCAAGAAAAAGCAGGUAUGUCAUGUACAGGCAGCAGCCACAUACGCUGACACUGAAAUCCGUCCUGAAUCUGAACCAGGUUUCGGUUUUGUUCGCUAAAAAGGUGCUGCCUCCAGAAUGGAACAACCAAAUAUUAUAGACACGUGAGCAGUGUUUGAUUUGAGUGACACUAAAAACACCACAACUACACAAGACACAAACCGAGUAGUUCGAAUCCAUGUGUUCCACAAGCUGAGUGCAGGAAGAAAUAGAAAAAUGUGACCCUCACGUUUCUUUGAGGCAGGAGGAUUCAAACAGGAAGUACUCUCCAUUAUUCACACAGCGAACAGGAAGUAGACUUAAUGACCGCCGAGUCAUCAGUCCCUCAGUCUGACACAGCUAAUGGUUCCUCCGGUGGAAACAAAGCUCUAUUCCAGUUCACGCCAAACAAUGGAGCUCGCUCGUGAAUAGACACAGGGUCUUGUCCCAUUUUAAUCCAACUUGCACUCAUGUGCAUUGUUAAACCGUUUAGAUAAAUAACCUAUAAAAAAGUAAACGCUUACAAGAUAUCCUUAAUCCAUCUCAGGCAUAGGAUGCGCCGAAGGAAAAAGUGAUUUCCGGUUGAACUGGUGCACGAGUUUGUACAAAUCCAGUUGGGAAGGGUUUCAUUUAAGGAAGAGUUUUUUUUUUCAUUAUUUAUAUAUAGAAAGCAGUUACUGUGGAAAACAUUCUGUUUAUUGGUAAUGCUUAUCCUGAAGAGCUAGCUAGGCUAAUCAGUGCUACUGGAAGUGUGAAUAUGGGUCACUGCCAGGAUCGAAGGUUUAAUUUGUUGAUAGUGCACUUUAGUAGGUUCUUUGAUUUUUGGCGUAUUAGGUGAUUAUUACUUGUCACACUAAUACUAUGGCGAUCGGUAUGAUCUGAAAACCAUCAUAUACUGUCCUCUGAUUGGUGGAAGAGUGUCAAAUCAGUGCUCAAACUCAGCAUGAGAAAUUUUCCUCUCUGACAGAACUUUGCUGUCAGCCAACUUAGUGGCGCCAAAGCACCUGCCGAGUUAUGCGUCCUAAGAUCACUGAUCAAGAGCGCGAAGCCAGGUUUUGCUAAAAGAAGGUAAUCUUAGAAUGUUUGUACCAUGUACCAUGGGGUUUUCACAUGUUUCACAGCAUGGAGUAAUGUUUAGCCUUGAGUGGGCAUGAUGAUCCACAGGGAGCAGUCAGAUUAGAGCAGGACUAACUUGGCCUUACUGCAUCAUCAUCAUCAUGGGGGCGGUGGUAGCUCAAGUGGUUAAGGCUUUGGGUUGUUGAUUGGAGGAUUGGGGUUCGGGCCCCAGCACCACUGAGCCGCCACUUUUGGGCCCUUAAACAAGGCCCGCUGUAUCAUGGCUGACCCUGCGCUCCGACCCCAAUCCCCAAGAAUUGGGAUAUGUGAAGAAAGAAUUUUACUGUGCAGUAAUGUAUAUGUGGCAAAAAUUAAGGCUACCUAAUUUAAUCAUCUGCUUUAUAAAGAUGUUUGUAAUAAGGAAAUUGACGGUUUCAUGAGUGAGUAAACAGGAUGCAGGAAUAUGGA